AUGGCAGUUGGCAAGAAUAAGCACCUUAAGAAAGGUGGCAAACGGGGGGCCAGGAAGAAAGUGGUUGAUCCAUUUUCUAAGAAAGAUUGGUAUGAUGUGAAAGCACCUGCUAUGUUCACAAGAAAUAUUGGAGAGAUGCUAGUCACCAGGACUGAAGGAACCCAAAUGUAUCAGAUAGCCUCAAGGGUCGUGUGUUUGAAGUGAGUCUUGCUGAUUUGCAGAAUGAUGAUGUUGUAUUUAGAAAAUUCAAGCUGAUUACUGAAGAUGUUCAGGGCAAAAACUGCCUGACUAACUUCCAUGGCGU